AACCGUGGAUCUUUGGCUCCCGAAACAGCAGCGCUGCCAGCUGAGCUGCCCCCUGCUGGCACACGCACCACUACGUCUCUCUUUAAGCCGAGUGUGAUUCUUCAGCUCCGCAUCCCACCGCGUCGCGUGUGUAUGAUUGAUGAACAGGAGGUAACGGGCGACGUGCGGCUUUGCGCGCUCCCGUGCGAGCCGAGCGUCCCCGGGGCCGCGCCUCCACGCGCCGCUCGGUGCUGCCACCCGGCCGCGCGGGGCUCGGCGACGCGUCACGUGCGGCCGCCCCUCGUCGCGAGCGGAGACACAACGGCGCAGCGGCUCUGCGCUGGUGGAGCGUCAGUGGGACGUGUCGGUAAUGUAGGCUGUGUGUGUGUGUGUGUGUGUGUGUGUGUGUGUCCAGCGCCGCGCGGAUCCACCAUCGGGCUCCUUUCAGUCACGCUGACUGACACACUCACUCACUGCCGGCGACGUCGUCUCAUCAUCGCCGAUGAUGAUCAUGAUCAGAUCAUCAUACGCCUCCGGGCUCAAGCGACAUCGAUCGGGGGACGCGCUGAACGGACGCAGGAUGGCAGUGCCUUUGAAGAGCUGUGCUACACUGCUGUUCCUGAGCACUUUCCUUGACCUUUCCUGGCCUUUGAGCCCCAAGGACCCCAAUGUAUGCAGCUUAUGGGAAAGCUACACUACAUCGGUGAAGCAGUCGUACUCCCACCCAUUUGCUCAGGUGCUGCAGGAGCCCUGUUCCAAUGACUGGAGCUUGAACAAAUGCAGUCGUCACAGGAUCAUAUACAAGACAGCUUAUCGGCAGGCUGUGAAGACGGACUACCGCAAGCGCUACCAGUGCUGUCCGGGAUACUAUGACAGCGGGGACAAGUGUGUUCCCCGCUGUACUAAGGAGUGUGUGCAUGGGCGCUGCCAGGCCCCAGACCGCUGCCAGUGUGAGGCCGGCUGGCGUGGGGAAGACUGCUCCAGCGUCUGUGAUGAAAAACACUGGGGUGUCGGAUGCCAGAAUGUCUGCGACUGUGCGAAUGGGGGCCGCUGCGAUCCCCUCUCGGGCUCCUGCCAGUGUCGCCCAGGGUACACAGGUUCCCGGUGCGAGGAGCCUUGCCCUCCCGGCACCUUCGGAAAAGGUUGCGUGCAACCAUGCCUGUGUGGGGCUGGAGGGUCCUGUGACAGAGAGACAGGGGAGUGCCGAUGCAAGGAGGGUUUCACCGGAACACUCUGUGACUUGGCCUGUCCGACGGAGCGAUGCCCACGCCGAUGCCCCUGUCAGAACGGGGGCUACUGCCAAGGGGAGGGGGUGUGCGCCUGCCCACCUGGAUGGACGGGAGCGGUGUGUACUGAACGGUGUGCCGAGGGCAGGUUUGGGAUCAAUUGCACCCACGAAUGUGUGUGUCACAACGGGGGGUACUGUGACCCUGAAAAUGGACGCUGCCGGUGUGCACCAGGCUUCACCGGAGACAGGUGCAACGAGGAGUGUGCAGUGGGCACUUACGGGCAGGGCUGCAAGGGCGUCUGUGACUGUGCCAAUGGAGCUCGUUGCUACCACAUCGAUGGGGGCUGCCUGUGUGAACCAGGGUUCCGGGGUCCACGAUGCAGGGACAGGAUGUGUGAAGAAGGGAUGUACGGCCUCCAGUGCAAGCAGCACUGCCUCUGCCACCCUGCACACACUCUCAGCUGUCAUCCUCUGAAGGGGGAGUGCACGUGCCUCCCUGGUUGGGCAGGGCUCCACUGCAAUGAGAGCUGCCCUCAGGGUUACUAUGGCCACAGCUGCCUGGAGACUUGCUUGUGUCUCAAUGGAGGCACCUGUGAUGCCACCAGCGGGCAGUGCCAGUGUCCCCCUGGUUACACAGGGGAGCACUGUGAGAACAUCUGUGAAGAAGGGUCCUAUGGCGGGAACUGCUCCCUCCGCUGCUCCUGCGCAAACUCCCUGGGGUGCUCCCCUGUCGACGGCACCUGUUUCUGCAAGCAAGGGUGGAAGGGACCCGACUGCUCCGUCCCGUGCCCUGCAGGCACCUGGGGUCCGGCCUGCAACGGGACAUGCCAGUGCGCCAACGGGGCAUCGUGCAAUCCGAUGGACGGCACCUGCACUUGUUCUCCCGGCUGGCAGGGGGCACUGUGCGACCAAUCGUGCCCGAGGGGCACAUUUGGGCAAGGCUGUGUACACAAGUGUGACUGUCUCCAUCACGAUGGCUGCAUGAGCUCCACAGGACGGUGCCAGUGUCUGCCGGGCUGGACAGGGACUCGCUGUGACCAGCCCUGCCCGGAGGGCUCCUGGGGUCACCGCUGCAACCAGAGCUGCUCCUGCCUGAACAGUGUCGCCUGUCUGCCGCACAGUGGGGGCUGCGUGUGCAGUCCUGGGUACCAGGGAUCCCACUGCCAACUAACCUGCCCAGUGGGAUACUAUGGUAAUCAUUGUGCUGGAGUGUGUCAGUGUGCCAACAAUGCCACAUGCCACCAUCAGGAUGGGUCCUGUCACUGUCGCCCAGGCUGGACAGGGUCUGACUGCUCCCAGCCCUGUGCCCAAGGGACGUAUGGGUACGGCUGCAGUCAGCGUUGCCUGUGUGAAGGAGCAUGUGAUCAUGUCACUGGAAUGUGUGUAUGCCCUCUGGGUUACACAGGUCCCUACUGUCAGUCCAAGUGCCCUGCAGGGACAUUUGGCCCCCACUGUGUCCAUGCCUGUUCCUGCCCUCCCAACAUCAGCUGUGACCCACGCACUGGAGUGUGUGUUUGCGCCUCAGGACCUGACUGUAAGGAAGUGCGGGCGGUGAGUGUGAUGGCACCCCUACCCCCGGGGGAGCAGGACUCUCUAGGUGCUGUGGUUGGCAUUGCAGCGCUAGCGGUCCUAGUGGUGCUGCUGCUGGUCCUGCUCCUGUACUACCGGCACCGUCGCAAAGGCAAGCAGAGCACCACACCCACCGUGACCUUUUCUUCUACCCGUACCACCGGCUCGGAGUACGCCGUACCAGAGGUCCCUCACAGCUACCACCACUACUACUCCAACCCCAGCUACAAUACGCUGUCCCAGAACAGACACCCCCUGCCCCAGGUUCCUAACAACAAGGGCCGUUCACUCAUGUGCAUCAAGAACACAAACAACCAGCUCUUCUGUAAUGUGAAGAACAUGGAGAGAGAGAGACUGGGCCUCUUUGGGGUGGACUGUAAUGCCACACUGCCUGCUGGCUGGAAACACUACCAAGAUCCCAUCCCCAAAGGCAAGGGAGCUUUUGGGAUCGACUGCAAUCACAGCUUUGACAAAUUUUACAGCAAAGAGCUGUCCAAGAACUCCUCUGAAGCGGUAAGCAGCAGCUCUUUGAAUAGCGAGAAUCCCUACGCCACCAUCAGGGACCUGCCCAUGCCACCGUUUCGCCCUGUGGAGAGCAGCUACGUGGAGAUGAAGUCCCCUGUGCGCACUGAGAGGCCCCACAUGGAGGACAGCCUGCCCCAACAGCCCAUGCACCAGGAACACUGCCCCCUUCAUGAUGUUCCAGAAAACCAGCAUCACUAUGACCUUCCGGUCAACAGCCACAUCCCAGGACAUUACGACCUCCCCCCUGUCCGCCGACCACCUUCCCCGUCCUUACAGAUUCUCCCCCACUGACCAUCAUUCUAAUGCAAAAAUGCAACCGUGCUGCCACCUUUUGGAUGGGAGAGUCAUUACAGAAGAAAACAGAGGAUUCAUGCCAAAUUUUUUACAGGACUUUGUUGGCUGUAUACCAGGACACAUUCUGACGCUCUGUUACUUAAAUUACAAAUUUCAUCCAAUUGUCUGUUAUAUUACUGAGUAAUACAGAAGUGUUUAUUUUUAUUUUAUAUGAGCAUUAUGGCCUUGAUGGUUGAUAGAAGUAAAAAACUGCCCAA